ACACCGUUCCUACAUGCUGGAGCACCGCACCGUCUUUGAAAUUUGUCGGAUCGCUCGUCGUGUAAGGCAAAUCAGACUCAGUAUUAAAAUGCCGACCGAGUGCAUCGCCAACCCGUUGCAGCGGGAGCUGGCGGACUCGAUAAUACGGCUGCAGCCGCUCGACGAGAUCCGCAUCCUCCUCGCCUGCGGUGCCAAGCCGAACGAGCCGGUCACCCAGGGCCUCAGGCCCCUGCACUACGCCGUUUGGCAACGGUACACCGAGGCCGCCCAACUGUUGCUGGUGCGCGGCGCCGACAUCGACGCCACCGACGAGUGCGGCUACUCGGCCCUGCAUCUCGCCGCCGAGCACGGCUACCUGGACCUGGUGAAGCUGCUGCUCAAGUAUGGCGCCAAGGUGGACCACCGGCAGGACACGCCGGAGCUCUUUCCCAGGACUAUGUUGUGCGAUGAGCCGCUGCGCUUGGCCCUGCGGAAUCGCCACGUCGAGGUCGCGAGGAUCCUGCUGGAGGCCGGCGCUAAUCCGAACAAGAGGUACUUCUUCGGUUCCGAGAUCAAUCUGGUGUCGCCCUUGGAUCUAGAGUGUAUGGAGCUGCUGUUAGCCUUCGGCGCUCAUCCGAACACGCGGGAUCGCGCCGGGCUGACGCCCCUCAUGAAGGCCGCCAGACUGCCGCAGGGAAUAUCCUCGGUGCUUCUGCUGUUGAGCUACGGCGCGGACGUGAACGCGACGGCGGACGCCAGGCACGAUUACCGGACGGUGCUGCAUUACGCGAUCCUUGGCGGCGAUCCGACGGUGAUCAAUCUGCUGCUGAAGCAAGGCGCCCGGCUGGACCUCGGGCCGGACUAUCAGAAACCGACGGCCCUCGAUCUGGCCAUACUCAAGGGCGACCCGUCGAUCGUCGAGAUGCUGCUCGAAGCGGGCGCGGACGUGAACGCCACGUCGCCGAUCAUCGGGUCACCGCUGCACGUGGCGUGCGCGGACAACAUCCCGAACCGGCUGGAGAUCCUGUGCAUGCUGCUGGAGCGCGGCGCCGAUCCCAAUCUGGUGAUACGCAGCGACGACGGGCCGGCGUUGCGACCGGUGCUCGCCGAGUACGUCGCCUCGAACGAGAACCCGUCGGUGGAAAUAGUGGCGUUGUUGCUCAAGUACGGUGCCCGGGUGGUGAUCAAGACGCAGUUCCGCGACCCACACGGCAUCCUCAACUCCUUGCAGAACACGGCCGACAAGCCGCGGCUGCUGCGGGCGCUGCUGGAGGCGGCGGAGAGCUUCGAUCCCUGCAUGAUCCGACGGUCCAGCAGCCUGACGGACGCGCAGAAGGCCCUGGUGAUGGAGGCGGCCAGGACCCCGCUGCCGUUGACCCAUCAGGCGAGAUUGAUAGUCCGCAAACUCUGCGGCACCAGGCUACCGAAGAUCGUCAGGAAGCUGCAGCUGCCGCAGUCGUUGCACCGUUAUCUCCUCUACGACUACUACUAGUCGAGAGAUUGUUGGAGAUCGAGACGUUUGUCGGGAGGGAUGACGUUUGUCGGAGCACUUUCUUGGAUUUCCGAGCUUCAAUCAAAAUCGUAGACUUGAGAUAAGAAAGGCGAGAAUCAUCUCAUUAUAAGCGACCUGUACCGGCAUCGUCGAAGUCUGUUUUUUUUUUAAGAUGCGGAAGAUAAAGUAUUUGCGCGCUGUGAGUCCCCGUCAAUUCGAUGAGUACAAUAACGAGGCUGUCGAGGUGCCUUUUGUUUCUACGUUAGAAUCCUUCUUUUACACAACGCGUGUAAAGUGAUAUAACGCUUAGACAGCACCACAUUUAUAUUUUAUCUAUAUACUGUUACGAUUCUAGUCGCUAAAUGUACGUUUUGUAUGUAUGUAUUUUCUCUCUACUUUCGCAUGUCGAGAAGAUCGUUCGUGAUAGAAGCGAUAUAUAAGACGCGCUCUCGUUGCUCAAACGCGCGAAUGCACUCCCGAGCGCUCUCGAAUCGUCAAUCUGGAAAUAUUGCGCACAGAAUCAAGUACCUUGCAGAGUUAUCGUGGCGAAGUUACGCGAAGUUUGUCGCCGGACAAACAGCCGGGGAGGAUUAUUCUUCCGACGGUCGCGAAGUGAUCGACUUCUUUUGUACCUUUGUAUAUACGACGAUAUAUACGCUCAAUGUACAAUAAAGAGAAAUAAAGGAGAAUCAAAUUGGAA